AUGAUAUCUGGCGUAAGUGUGGUUCUCCGAACCUCGGACUUUACUAACGAUUUGAUAGCUGAGCUGGUCUUCUUCUCGCUGGUCGCCACGAUGGUGACACUCGUCUCCAAAACGAAGUAUAAUCUGGGAAUAUCUCCUCAGAUGCUCACUGUACUCGGAACAGUGCUGGGUCUCGUGGUCUCGUUUCGAACUAGCUCGGCCUAUGAUCGCUAUUGGGAGGGUCGCAAGCUCUGGUCAAGUAUUGAAUUGUCAUCCCGACAGAUGGCACAGAUUAUCUGGAUCCAUGUACCCAUUGAUCGUAAAGCCGACCCUGCGAGGCCACAGCUCAGCGAGGACGAAUCCCGAGCUCGCGCCAUUAUCGAGAAACGGAGCAUGAUCAAUCUCGUCCAAGCCUUUUCCGUCUCGAUGAAGCACUUUUUGCGCUCGGAGGAGGGGAUCUACUACCAGGAUUUAUACCCUUUGAUUUGCUUCCUUCCGCGUUAUGUCGACGCUGGACCGGACGGCAAACGUACUCAGGAUCCAUCUUCUUCGCAAACUUCCGCUGGAGGAAAUGGAACUGUUGGAGCCGCAGGCACUCAAUGGACGGCGGUAGGAUCUGAUGAACUCCCUCUCUGGUAUGAGUCGCCGCUCAAGAAGAAGAAGUACAAGCCCUCGUCGAAACCCAAGCGUCAAAGAACAUUUGAUCCCGAAAAAGUUCUUCCGACUGUCGAAUCCGAUAUUCCACUACGACCAGCGCGUCUUCCCCCCAAGUUUUCGAUUUGGGCAUUGUUCCCGUUCCUACUGCCGUUCCGUUGGGUGGCCAAGAAAUUGAGCAGGAGGGUGCGAGAGAGAAUUCUCCGCGAGGGUGAUGAACGGACCAUCUCGGGCAAAGUCAAGAAGCCAGCCAAAGUCGAGAGCAAUGUGCCCCUUGAAGUCACGCUAUACCUGUCGUCCUACCUCGCAUUCUUGCUGAAGAACGGUUUGCUGCAGGCUGCUCUGGCGACUGCAUACGCGAACCAGCUUCAAUCCUUCCAAGAUUGCAUGACCGCUAUGGAACGUGUGCGCAAUACACCCAUUCCGUUUGCAUAUCAGGUGCAUCUUCGAAUGUCCAUCUGGAUCUAUUUAUUCUUGCUUCCGUUUGAAGUCUAUAGCUCGUUCAAGUGGCUUACAAUCCCGAUGACCUUGUUCGCGUCUUUCCUCAUUUUGGGUUUCCUGGAGAUUGGCCAGGAGAUCGAGAACCCCUUCUCUUACGAAGCAAACGACCUCGACUUGGACGGCUUCUGUCUGGAAAUUCAACGUGAACUUCACGAAAUCACUGCGCACGCUGUCCGUGACCCGUCGGAAUACAUUUUCUCCGACUAUAACCAACCAUUUGCCCCAUGCGACCGUGACAAUGCGUCCACGAUCAUUGGAAGCAAGAAAUAUGCCUCUCAGCAAGGGAUGGGCACGCUUCGGAGGACAUUGCUGCACAACUGGCAGCAAGUCAGCGAAUCAACACGCGAUACUGAGCUUUAG